AUGGGACGCGGACCUCGUCGAGGUAAUCGACUCCGUGGUCCUCCUUACCCAAAACCCGACAAUUCUUAUCAGAUUCAAUCAGGUACAAGCUCCAAUAAUUCUAUCAGAAACCCACAGAACACAUAUCCGCAAUCUGAUACCGGGUCAUACGGAGUAGGUAUACAGAGACACGACCCACCUGGUAUUCAGACAUCCGGUUCUGGAGCAUAUGGUCCACCAGGUUCUCAGAGAAACGACUUUGGGUCGCAAGUACUUGAUCAAGGAUAUCCUGCUAGACCUCGUGAGAACUUUCAAAUAGGUAGUGGAAGGGGUAGGAAUAGGAGUGGUGGUGGUGGUGGAAGAGCUAGAAGUCCUGACGAUUUUCAUGAGGUUCUCGGUGUCUUUGCUCCAUAUUCGUCAGGGCGCUGUUCAAUUUACAUCGGUCAACUAUCGUGGCUUGGCGGACCAUCAAACAGCUGUAACGGGGAAGAAUUCAAAACGAAAUUCGCUAAAUGUAUAAACCUCAUAGACGAAACUCACUUGUCAGGUAGAAGAAGUCGUCCACUCGGUAGUCGAGAUCAUGAUCGUCCUAUCCCCCAUAUCCCAGAUCGAGGAACAAUCAAAAUGGAUAAAGUGACAAUGGAAAGAGUAGCACAAGAAAGGCCUUGUAGAAUACUUUUCACCUUCAAUAUUUGUUCGAAAAAGGCUAAGAUUGAACAGUACGAAACUUCCUUGGGGGAGAUUAUGAAAUCUUUCGAAACUUUCGGAGCUGUCAAGAAAGUCUUUGAUAUGAUACCGAGGAGAGGGAUGAUGUUUGUGACUUAUUAUGACCUCCGAGCGGCGGAACGAGCCAGAGAUGCUAUGCACGGGACCAUACUUGGUCCUCGAGCGAUCGACGUGCAUUACAGUCUUCCGAAGCCUGAAGAUUUACAAGGACAAUGUGAGAGGGAUAGUAAUCAGGGUUCCGUCAUGUGUAUAUUACACCAACAGAGAAUACUCGGCGAAAGUGAUAUAGGACGUUGUGCCGCUAAUUUCGGAGCAGUCAAGCUGGUACUUUCCACAAGGAGUCCCAACGAAAAAGUAGUCGAGUUCUUCGACUCCCGUGAAGCUGUCAGAUUUCACGAUGAGAUGGACGGUAAACCUCUCGCUGGCGGUACGUUGGAGGUCAAAUUUGUAUGGGACGAUAUGGGCAGUCCUGUUGCACCCCUUUCUGGUGAUAAUCAGCUACCUAUGGCCCCACCUCCACCCAUUCGACCGUAUCCCGAAUCACAUCCUCCAGCUAUACCUAAUGGUCAAUAUGAGAUUCGACGAGAAGAUCAAGCUGGGUUGAGGAUGGGGGAUAAUCGUUAUGUCCCUCCUCCACCUGCAGUUCCAGCUGCGGGACAUUAUCCGCCGCCUGUCCCGCCUGUCGAACGGAGGGGAGAUCCUAGAUUUGAAGAUCCUCGUGCUCCCGGCGGUGCAUCUCGAUACGAUCGCGCGCCUCCUGGUCCAUCUCCAGGAAGAUAUGAUGGUAAUGCUGGACGAUACGAAGCUCCUGUAACGUCUCAAGGUCCAUACAACCCCCCAGGUGGACGAUACGAUGCUGUUCCACCUGCUCCACCGGCUCCCGAUGAGCGUUUAGAGCAAGCUCGAAAAGUACAACAACUACUUGCCAACCUAAGUGGAGCUCCUGCGCCCCCGUACAACCCUCCGCAGUCUUACCCACCCGUAAACACUUAUCCUCAGGAGAACAAAUAUCAACCUCCUCAACCCACUUAUCCUCCGGCUCCCCCAGUAUCUUCUGGGCAAAACUACCAACAACCUGCCUCUGAACCUCCUCGAACUAACUAUCCCCCACCUCAAUCAUCUUAUCCGCCUCCACCUUCAGGGUAUCCUCCCAGUUCUUAUCCACCACCCCCAACGGGAUACAAUAACCCACCUGGGCAGACACAACAAGCUUCGUCAUAUGCCACCCCUUCAACACCAGGACAACCACCAAGACCUUACCCACCUAAUCCUUCCGCUCAACCUGGAUACCCGGCUAAUCCACCUGCACCUGCACCCGCACCAGCACAUCCGCAGUAUCCUGCGCACACACAGCAAUCACAGUCGCAGCAAUAUCCAUCUUACCCGCCUGCAUCUAACCAAAGUCAAAUUCCUCCGAAUGUGUUAGCUAUGAUGAACAAUCCGGGAGGUCAAUACCAACCUUCUGCUCCUGCGCAGAAUCCUACGUAUCCUCCCUCAACGGGAUAUGGUCAAGGAGGACAAGUCAAUAAUUUGUUACAACAAUUGGUAUGUCCCAUCAGUAUUGGUGGAACUUUUUGCUAA